AAAGUGACGUGGCAGCUUUCUGAACCAGUUCUCUGGGAGGAGCUCAGUCCGCGACCACAGCCGAGCGAGCAGCCGCCGUCGACCCUCCGUCCUCGGCGCAAACAUGGCACUGACCCGCCUGGAGAAGGUUCAGGUGUGGCUCUCGAAGGCGGUCAUGGGGCUCUUCUACGGGCUGUUUUGGCUGCUGUCGCCUCGCAAAUCGGCCGCCACGUCCGGGAAGAAGCUGUCGCCCGUCCGCGACCCUCUGCUGGUGGUGUCUGCGACGCAGCUCGCCAAGAAGAUCCGGAGAAAAGAGGUGUCCAGUGUGCAGGUGGUGCGCGCCUACAUCGACAGGAUCCAGGAAGUCAACCCUUUUCUGAACGCUGUGACAAAAGACAGGUUUGACGCCGCCCUCCAGGAGGCGACGCAGGUCGACAAGCUGAUUGAGGAGGAAACCGGAGGAGAGGAGGUGCUGGAGGAUCGACUGCCUCUACUGGGGGUCCCGCUCUCUGUCAAAGAGUCCUUCGCCCUGCAGGGCAUGCCCUUCACCACGGGUCUGGUCUCCAGGAGAGGAGUCGUGGCCACGGUCGACUGUCCUCCGGUGGCCCUGCUGAAGCGAGCGGGUGCCAUCCCGAUGGGCGUCACCAACACCAGUGAGCUGUGCAUGUGGUCUGAGUCCAACAACCACCUCCACGGCAUCACCAGCAACCCGUACGACUUCGAGAGGAUAGCGGGAGGAAGCUCAGGUGGCGAGGGCAGUAUUCUGGGAGGAGCGGGCGCCGUCAUCGGCAUCGGCUCGGACAUCGGCGGCAGCAUCCGCAUGCCCAGUUUCUUCAACGGAAUAUUUGGCCACAAACCCACACCUGGCGUCGUGUCGAUCGAGAACCAGUACCCUCAUGUCUCCGGGAGACAAGGCGAGUACUGCAGCAGUGGCCCCAUGUGCCGCUACGCCGAGGACCUGCUGCCGAUGCUGAAGAUCAUGGCGGGACCCAACGCUCACAUGUUGUCCUUGAGCAGAAAGGUCGACCUACAGAAGCUGCGGUUCUUCACCAUCCCUCACGACGGCGGCUCCCCGUUAACAUGCCCGGUCAGCAGAGAGCUCAUUGAGAUUCAGAGGAAGGUGGUGGAGCGCCUGGAGGCCGACCUCGGAGUGAACGUCCAAGAAGUGCGUUUCCCUGAGCUCCGCUACGGCUUCCAUAUCUGGAACACCUACAUGGGUCUUCCCGACAAGGAGGGCAAGCCUCCACUGCCAUUUUCUGAGCUCAUGGGGGAACCAGGACAACCCGUGUGGCCUGUUUGGGAGCUGCUGAAAUGGAUGAUGGGAAAAUCAGAGCACACCAUGGCGGCAAUCGGUUUGGCCCUGCUGGAGAUGACCCGUGGCCUCAAACCCUCGGCCUUCCUCAUUCAGCAGAAGGAGAAGCUGCAGAAGGAGCUGGACGAGCUUCUGGGCACCGACGGGGUUUUUCUUUACCCCUCGCACCCGAGGGUGGCUCCCAAACACCACCACCCGCUCUUCCGUCCCGCUGACUGCGCCUACACGGGUAUAUUCAACAUCCUCGGGCUGCCGGUCACCCAGUGCCCUCUGGGCCUGAGCGAGGAAGGUCUGCCCAUGGGGCUGCAGGUGGGUGCCGGGAAGCUGCAGGACCGCCUGACCCUGGAGAUGGCGCUCUACCUGGAGAAGGCGUUCGGAGGCUGGAGGGACCCCGGGGCCAACUGAAACCAAACGCUCACACGCUCAAACGCUCACAAGCCAUUACCAAACCUCCAUCUAAAUAUCUAAAACAUGUAACAUUUUAACGCGGUGCUAGUGUCUGUCGGCCUUUUAUCGGCAUCUGUUCACCUACGUGUGAGAGUGCAGUGUGCCGCCUCCACGACAGGUUCAGGGUCUUUAACCCGCCAAGCGGACGUUCACCUGACUCGUAUCCAUUUAUGUAACAUAAAAGGUGCAGUUUGAAACCGGUACGCCUCGUCUAAAGAGUUCACGUGCGGUCAGGACAUACGUGCACACCCCUGAGUUCAGAAGAAUGACACGCACAUGUAGAUGUGGAGUCAGCAGAAUGUUUUAGUACGCCUGAAUGAUGGCAGUUAAUCAAAAUUGUGGAGCCUGCUUAUGCUGCAACUUGAGUUUCAUUUAAUAAUAAAAAGAAUGUCUGAA